AUGUCAAGGUGCAAAUUCUUAGGUUUUAUUAUUGAUACCAAGAGCUACAGGAUUGAACUGCCGGUUGAAAAGAGAAAGAAAGUUGACGACUUACUAGAAGUCUUUUUGAACCUAGAUAGAUCGGUCGAAUAUGGUUGGUUAUACACUAAGGCCUUGGAGAGGGAAAAAAAUUUCCAGCUCUUAUUUAACGACUAUUGUUUUGAUAGAAGAAUGGUUAUUAAAGAACCGAUUAAGCAGGAGUUAGCCUGGUGGAAAGAAAACAUAUUGAGUAGUGUUCACUACAUUAAGGACGAACUUUCAACGAUAAAGCUCGCAUUAGUAGAACUAGCUUCAGGGUUUGAAGACUGUAAAAUUCUAUUGCGAAUAGAUAACACCACGGCCAUUGCAUACAUAAAUAAAAUGGGUGGUACCAGAUUCCAGAGAUAUAAUAAAUUGGCUCGUGAAAUUUGGCAAUGGGCAGAGCUUAGGAAGAUAAUUCUGAUUGCUUCUUAUAUUCCAUCUAAAGAAAACAUUAUUGCUGAUAGCUUAUCAAGAAUUAAGAAUAUUGAUACGGAAUGGGAACUGAACGAAAUUUAUUACAAGGAAAUCAUUAGGAAUUUUGGCGUUCCUGAGAUUGACCUUUUCGCAUCCGAAUUAAAUACGAAAUGUACAAGAUUCAUCUCAUGGAAACCAGAGGGUAGAUCCCUGUAUGUUGAUGCCUUCACCAUCACCUGGGAUAAAUGGGAUGUUUACGCUUUUCCCCCCUUUUCAUUAAUUUUGAAAGCCUUAGCAAAAAUUAAACGGGAAAAAGCAGAGGGUAUCUUAGUGGAAAUUAUCACAUCCCAGAGCAGACCAUCUGGGUUUAAUUGCGAGCAGAAUAUCCGGGAGGCCUUUCUAGCAAGGAAAGUUCCCAUUGAAGCCUUAGACAUUGAUCUAGCUUCAUUAAGUAAAUCUACAUUCAAACAAUAUGGUAGUGCUCUAAAGCAAUGGGAUGAGUUUUGUAGACGGAAGAACAGAGACUGUUUAGAUAUAAAUGUUAAGGUAGUCCUAGAAUUCUUAUAUGAGAGAUACAAAGCGGGGGCGUCUUAUGGUACGCUCAAUUCUUGCCGUAGUGCAAUUUCAUUAUUGUCUAAGAAGAAGAUUGGGGAAAACGCAAUCAUUUGCCGUUUAAAGGGGGUAUACAAGAUGAGACCAUGCAGACCCAAAUAUUCCUCUACAUGGGACGUGGCAACUGUCCUCCGUUUCUUGGAAUCCUUAAAUAUAUCCUUACGUACCGCUCAAAGAGCGCAAGCUCUCUCAAAGAUCAGAAUCGAUCUUAUAAAAGAAUCACCUGACGGUAUUGAGAUAAGGAUCCCUGAUGUUUUAAAAACUUCAGGACCAGGACGUAAUCAGCCAUGUUUUCGAUUACCAAAAUUAUAUUUAGAAAGGAUAAGUCCUUCACGAAAAGAGGAAAAACUAUUAUUUAUCUCAUAUAAGAAGCCUUAUGAAGCAGUAACCACUCAUACCAUUAGUAGAUGGGUGAAGAAAUGUUUGUUUUUAGGUGGAAUUGAUACCACUAUUUUUCUGCUCAUUCCACACGGCAUGCUUCUACGUCAAGAUCUGCCGAAAAAGGUGUUGAUUUCGAUACCAUUCGCAGAACUGCAGGCUGGUCUGCUGACUCUCAGACGUUUGCCCGUUUUUACCAAAGGCCUAUCAAUACAAAUACUUCAAACUUUUCUUUAUCGGUAA